AUGCCCCCUCGCUAUACACGUCGUUUAGCACUUCUAGCGGUGAUAGUUUUCAUCGCUGUCGGUCUUUUUAUUGUGGAACAACGCCCACAGCAUCUGCUUGAAACACAUAGAUUUCCUUCCUUACACGAUUUGGUCCAUGACACGAGCACACCCUCAAAUCAAGAAACACAUAAUGAGGAGCUCGAUCCUUGCACAGUACUUUCUCCACAAAAGAACUUCAUCGAUUUACGUGGGCUAUCAGUGAUCGAAAACCACCAUGGUCAGGAUGUAAGACAUCUUCUGUGGUCCUCUAGAGGAUAUGAUCUGGGUCACAAUUACACCAUUGGAGUUUGCCUGGGUGCCAUAAAGAGAAAUCUCUUGGGCUCUGCCGACAUCAUCGACGGCCUAAACGCCUCCGAGGUCGGUGCGUACUAUAUCGAGCAGUCGCUGGGUAGAUACAUUCUGAUGGGUCAGGUUUCCUCUAAACCAGUUUACAAGGGAAGAAAAUUAACAUUGACAUAUGAGAAUGGCACCCAAUGCAACGGUAUGACCUUCAAAGACGGAACCCCACUCCGCAGAAGAACUAUUCUUACUUUCACUUGCGACAGAGAAAUGCUUACUAAAGCCCAUGUCUCAUACGUGGCAUCUGUCGAUGAAUGUACUUACUUCUUUGAGGUACGUUCUCACUUGGCGUGUCCGACUGCAGCAAAAGCUGACAACCUCGCCGCCAUUUGGAUAUUUAUUCUCAUAUUGUUGGCCGCCUUGCUUGUGUACUUCUCUGGUGGAGUGCUCUACAAGGCCUUGAAACGCCGACCUCUGCAUCUAUAG